AUGAAUCUUUUAAUAUCACAUCAUAUUGUACGUCCAUUUCUAUUGAAAAAUUUUCUUCAUAUUCAUGUACUACCAUCAUCAUCUUCUUCUGUAAUUCUAAAACGUUUUUCAUCAUCAUUUAAUAAUAAUAAUAAUAAAAAUAAAAAUGAUUUUGAAAAAGCAUUUAAACGAUUUGAACGUGAUGAAAAAAAUCGUCAUUUAAAUCUAGCAUUUUAUCUAAGUUCAGGAGCUAUAUUAAUGCUUGGUUUAACUUAUGCAUCUGUACCUUUGUAUAAAAUGUUUUGUGAAGCAACAGGUUUUGAUGGAAUUAUAAAAAAAACUGGAGAUGAAGAUACUGUUUCAGAAAAUGUUAGACAAUUAUCACAACGAUUAGAUAAAUCACAUCCAUCAAUACGAAUACAUUUUUCUUCUACACCAUCAUCACUUUUACCAUGGACAUUUGAACCAGAACAAACAGAUAUAAUAAUUCAACCAGGUGAAACAGCUUUAGCUUUUUAUCGAGCUAAAAAUGAAUCAAAUCGACCAAUUAUUGGUAUAGCAACAUAUAAUGUUCAACCAUCACAAGCUGCAUUUUAUUUUAAUAAAAUUCAAUGUUUUUGUUUUGAAGAACAACGUUUAGAACCAGAUGAAGAAAUUGAUAUGCCAGUUUUUUUCUAUAUUGAUCCAGAUUUUGUUCGAGAUCCUAGUUUACAAGGUAUUCGUGAUAUUAGUUUAUCUUAUACAUUUUUUGAAAGUAAAGGAACAGAACAAUUAGCUCUAAUGGGUGGUGAUCCAACAAAGAUCAAUUUAAAAUUAAAACCAAGUGAAGCAUUACCAUAUGCACAUCGACAGAAUGAUAAAGUAAAAACUGUUCCUGUCUAG